AUGGUUGCUCUGUGGUUGCUCCUCUGGCUCUGUCAGUUAACACUUUGCCUCUCCAACAAAACCAGGAUAGUGGGCGGCAGGGAGACAUCCAUUUCCCAGGUUCCAUACCUGGUUAACCUGCGACAGAAUGGAAACUUCAUAUGUGGUGGAUCCCUAAUCUCCACCAGGAUAGUGCUUAGUGCUGCGCAUUGUGUUUAUGGAUCCAAUCCAGAGGACUACACUAUCCACGCUGGCGCCAGUCGGUUAGAUGAAAAUGCUCCCGUGGUUCGCAGCAUAUCUAAGUUUCACGUUUCGCCCAGUUACUCUUCAACAAACUUCGACAUGGAUGUCGCUUUGUUGGAGCUGCAGGAGACAGUUUUUCUAAUUCCCGGCAAAGUCGCUAUCAUUACUCCUUGUCACAAUCCGCCGGAAGCUAAUUCGUAUGCGAGUAUCAGUGGUUGGGGAGUGACCCGUGAGGGCAACCGUGAACCCGCUGAACAGGUCCGUAUGGCCGUGGUACGAGUGCUCCCGGCUGCUGAAUGUCAGCUUUCGUAUGCCGGAACAGCACAACUAAGCGACUCUAUGUUUUGCGCGGCAGUACGAGGACUCCGGGACUCCUGCUCCGGAGAUUCAGGUGGUCCCUUGGUAUUCCGUGGACAGGUUUGUGGCAUUGUUUCCUGGGGAUUCGGCUGCGCGCGGCUAGCUUUUCCGGGUGUAUACACCAACGUGGCUAGUGGAAGAGUUUAUGCGUUUAUAGACCAAACCAUACGCAGGAUUGGAAAUGAUAGAUAUCGAGAUCAAUUGACAUUACAACUACCGGAUACGGCAAAUAUUGAGGGAUGGAGUGAGCUGAUGGCUACGCUGUGGCUCUUGCUCCACCUAAUCCCACUUUGCUGGGCGACCAGCAACGACGCUAACAGUCGGAUUGUGGGAGGUGUCCCAGUGGAUAUUGGUAGUGUGCCUUAUUUAGUGAACCUGCGUAUCGGUGGGAACUUUAUAUGCGGAGGCUCUUUGGUUACGCCUCAACAUGUGGUCACCGCCGCUCACUGCGUCAAGGGAGUCGGUGCUUCCCGAAUGCUAGUCGUCGCCGGAGUCACUAAACUUACGGAAACAGGUGUUAGGAGUGGCGUCGAAAAGGUAUACACCCCAAAGGCCUACAACACCCGCACCCUCAGCACAGACGUAGCCGUUUUGAAACUUAAGUCUCCAAUAAGUGGUCCAAAAAUAUCCACCAUUGAGCUGUGCAAUGCUAGCUUUAAGGCAGGAGACCUGAUUAAAGUCUCCGGCUGGGGACAAAUUUCAGAGCGCAACAAAGCUGUUUCUAUGCAGGUGCGGAGUGUGGACGUCGCUCUCAUUCCCCGGAAGACUUGCAUGAGCCAGUACAAGCUGCGUGGAACUAUCACCAACACAAUGUUCUGUGCCUCGGUGCCCGGAGUCAAGGAUGCCUGCGAAGGCGACUCCGGAGGACCAGCAGUUUAUCAGGGCCAACUAUGCGGAAUAGUUAGUUGGGGGGUUGGCUGCGCCCGAAAAAAUUCACCAGGCGUCUAUACUAAUGUUAAGACUGUUAGGAGUUUUAUAGAUAAGGCCUUGGGAAUGUAAGCCAAAACAAUAACAAGUUCAAUUGCUUAAAAUGUAGAGAAAAGUUAUAAAAUAAAUAAUAGUUCCCAUUGAAAA